GGUUUCAACGUAACCUUUGACUGCGCCGCCAAAGGUCAUCCCAUGCCAUCUAUCACAUGGAUAAAGAACGUUGACGCACGUGCUGUACAAUCUAACAACUGGACUAGAGUAGCUGAGAUUUUUCUCGACGACGAGCAAAUCCAUAGCAAGCUGGUAAUAAAGGGUGUAAAGAGGGAAGAUGAUGGGAAAUAUUACUGCUUUGCAAAUAACAGUGCGGGAGAAAAAGCAUCAAAUCCGGCAUUCUUGUCCACAAAGUAUCUAGGUGAGACAUAUGCUCAAUGUUUCUAAUCUUGGCAUUAAAUUUUGUUAUGAAACGACCAUUUCUUCUGAAAUGUUUUCAAAAGACACUAACAGAAAGUUUUUUAGAACAGUUCACUUGAAUACUGGACAUAUGUAUCCCAAAGAGCAGCGCUGAGGAAAUAGCUUCCAAAUCUCACGUUCCUGUUCAUAAAAAGCUAGAUGAGGUUGCAUGUUGAUACUACACUUUGUAUUCAUUUUCCUUGAGGGGCAAUCGUGUAGCAGAACUAAGUAUGAGAUUUUAUUCUAUCUAAAUUGAAGAAAAACAUCAUUUUUGCCGACUGAGCAAUUAAAUGAAAGUUGAAAUUUAAUAUUUCCUCGCUCUAUGCAAAUCCUAGAGGGUAGAUAAUCAGGUUUCAGUUUCUCACACUAUGAGACGAAACGACCAGCAGCACCAUAUAAUGCGCUUGAUAAUUCCAUGCAGUGUUCAAUCUCACUGUUUUUUCAUUGUUCUUCAUUUUUCAACAAGCUUCUUCAAAUACAGCCCCGCCAAUAAAGGAACAACAACGUUCUGUUCCCCUGGUUACUGCACUUGGUGUGUGUGGUGGCGUAAUAAUUGCAUUCAUGAGCGGAUGCAUUAUUGCGUUUUUGUAUCGACGUGCAAGAAGAAACCAUGAGGUGACACUUAUUGAGUGCAAUCGAACUUCAUAGCAGCUAAACGUUAACUUGAUAAAACGCCCACAAAACUGUUUUCCAACUAUAAUCGCUGUUAAAUAAAAUUCGCAAGAAUACUCAAAGUGGAGAAUAAACUAUCCUUUUUGUUUUGAACAAUUGGGCAUUUCGAUCGCCAGGGGAUUUGUAACGAUUUCUAACACCUUAAAACUGCUCUCAAUUGAACAUGUUGCUCUUGUCUGUAUCAAUAUUAGGGCCAUGAAGGUGCGGAAGAGAUCUAUGUGGCCUGCAUAGACAACAAAGAUUUGGCUGAGAUGAUACUGAAAGAUAUGAAUGCUGAUACGGAAGAAAGUGAGCUUAUAGAGGUAAAUGCUAUCUCUUCGUUGUUAGUUGGUGAAAAUAAGAACAACUAUGUGCAGCUAAACAAUAAAAAGCAUACGCAUGACGACUGGAUAGUUGACUCGAUACCGAGAGUAUCGUCCGAGGAAAGAAGGACUCCGAAUCCACUAGAUGUCGGAGAUAAACAUUUCCUAAAUUCCAUCUUUGAUCAAAAAGGCCAUGCAGAAGAGUUGUUUUCACUGCUUGCCUAA